CGGCGCAGUCCCCAACCGACCGCGCACCGACUCACGCGCACCGUAAGUGAACUCUAGUGCUGUGACAGUGAUGACAGUGUGCUGAAGCUUGCAUUGUGAUCAUGUUGAGGACAAGGGGUGAUAAGAUGAUUGGGGGGCUAUGGCUGGCCGCGGUGCUGGCGCUAGCGGCUCCAAGCUCGGCCGGCCACCACCGCCGAUCCAUGCCAACACAAUCGGCUCUCCCGUUGUCCAAAGGCGGCUGGCGGCCAGUGCUCGGGUCCAGCGGCCUGGUGUACGGCGCGUACGGCACGGCCCCCCUCCACGCGCCCCCCACCUACAAGCUCCCCGCGCCCGGCCCGGCGCACGACCAGUACGCCUCCUCCGCGCGCCCGCUCGUCACCCGCGACGCCACCAAACUCACCUCCAUAGCCCAGUCCUACCGCCCCACGACCCACCGAACUGUCCCCACCCAACCCCCCCUCAACCAACCCGUCAACUCCUACCACAACCCUUACAACAACGGCCUGACCCACUACAAAUACGUCCAGAACUUCCCGGUCGAAAGCGUGCUGAUCCGAAACCCACAUAACCCCUACGCCGCGAGACCGGUCUUCACAAAAUACCCACAAAAGUUCAAGCAGCCGAUCCAGCAGCAUGUUCAACCGGUCCAAUACCAAUAUCAAACUGGGAAGCCUUUCGAUAUCUACCCAAAGCCUGCUGACUUCUCGAAGCCAGAGAAGAAACCGCAAUCGAGCGAGACUGAGAUCUAUAAGCCUGAAGUGUACAAACUGCCAGAUAAUGAUGCCGCCCAGCAAGCUCUACACCAGCAGGUGAAGACGGCCCAGCAGCAGACGUUCCCGGCGCAGAACUUCGCGCAGAACUUCCCCGGUCAGAAGAUACCCGUCAACCCGUAUUCGCAUUACACGUUCCAGGACAACUCUUUCCCACCGCGAAUUUUUGGUACGUUCAGCCCGUUCAACGUGCAAUCCGUCAAAGGACAGACCCCAGGGUUCCCGACUAGGACAACUUUCAUACCUCAACAGCCGACGAGACAGACUAUCUUCAACUCAUUCAGCUACUCUCCUAACUACAAACAACCUCCGAGUUACUUCCCAACAACUACGCCAAAGCUGCAAUCCACCGUCAACCAAAUACACUUCGGGACAGCCGUCACCGACUACAACAAGAAUGUCCCCACACAGCCACCCAAGGUGUCUACCGCUCCAAAGAUCGACCCUAACGCAGGCAAUAAGGGCGGCUUCAAAGCUAGCCCACAAGAUCCCUUUUCAAAACAAUACAGCUCUGACUACAACAAAGUAACAACCUACAACCCAGUACAAACGACCACUUUGGCAAACUACUACAACGAUUUCCAAUACCCGGUGCAACAGAACUUCCAAGCGCAAAAUUAUUACGAUCAGCAAACGAUUAACUCGAAUUACGAGAAGAAGAAACACAAGAUCCACGAUAACUUCGCCGCGGGCGGCAACCAUGAAGUAUCCCAGCAGUACAUAAACCCGCCUAGUCAUUUAGAGGGAACGCCUAAUGCCGUUCCUUUCCGAGCAACUUAUGAAGUGACGGAAACUUACUCCGACGAACUUAACACACAUUCGUCUAAGGCGCCGUGGACCGCGAGCCCUGACUACGACAAUCAGAAAGUCACCGAUGAAGCGGUUACAAAGCAACAGUAUUAUGACUCCUCCUUUAAGCCUGAAACGACGCAGAUCCCCGAAGAGUUCGCUAUUGUAACAGAAGCCGAAAAAGGCUACGAAAACUCUUUGAAUUACGACGGAAACGUCGAAGCUCAAAGCAGAAGGCCGCUAGGCGACGACUUUGAACCUAUAGGAAAGCACAAGCUGAAAGACUAUUACUACAAAGUCACUCCUUCGUACGACGACCACAGCCCGCCGAGACGAACGAAGAAGCCGACUGAGGCGUACAAGCAAACGAGUACCCAAGCAGUCACGACCACCACCACCACUACCACUACAGGCAACGACGAAAACAACGAUCUUCUAGUUGAGCCUUUGCCUACGCUUCCUCCAAACAAGCACUUUAAGCGCCCAAGCACUAUUCCGCCAACUGAGAAGGAAAAGCAAAGGAAAAGGAUCAAGAACCGAAGGCGUCGUCCCCCGCUAGCCAACAUCCAUCACAGGGAAGAAUCUAGCACUGCUAAAUACGUUCAAUCCUCAACGGAACUCACACCCACGACUGACGCCGGCGACGAAUACCAGGCCUUCACUCGUAGACCAUCGAAAUAUAAAAGUCAGUAUAACCUCACCACUCCCGGUGUGAACGACGAUUUAAUAACAAGCGCCCUCCCCACCAUAGCACCCACGUAUCCAACGAUAGCAAAGAAGAAACUCGGCCACCGUAGACCACUAACCACCACAGAAAGAUACGAGACUACAACACAAUCUUACCGGGACUACGAUUCUAACAAUGAGUCCCCAAUAAUGAAGAUAGCGACACGACCACAACUCAAAGUAACCCAACGCCCGUUUGAAACAAAGAGCGAGACGCCAGACUACACACACAAGCAGGAUGAAAAGGACACACCCACCAGCGAUAUAGCAGUCAGUUUAAGCGACACACUAAAAACCACCAGACCUGAUAAGGAUUUCUCGUUCCAUAGAGACCUUAAGCCAUUAGACGCUGAAUUUGAAUCAAUUAGAGGUCAUAAGGAGACCACUACUCAAUCUCUCAGCAGUGAAGUAACAGAUGAAGCGACCACCACUACUCCCAGAGUUGAAACCACACCCGAUCCACCCGCUAAAGUACUAAGACCUAGACUGAAGAAUAAAUAUGAAAGUAACCGACCUCGGUUCAGCGUAAAAGACUACAGAAAUCGCCUCAGCUCUACUACAAGCACCACAGAAAAAUCUGCAGAUACCCAACAUGCGCCGAAAGUAAGAUUUCCCCAAAGAAGACCGCACAACGAUAACAACAGAUACAAUAGUGAAAAUGAUACCGCUACUGAGAGAAAGAAAUUUGUGCCUAAAGAUCCCAGACAUAAGGUGAGCGACGCGACUGAGGCCCCUGAGCAAACAGAGCAGACGCAUGCCAGACAGUCCAGCAGAGUGAGACAGACGACAGUAGAACCUACAGAGGGAACGACGCAGAAGAUCUCAUCUCGCAUCCGCAACGGUUCCCGAAGACCGAGGCCGACUACUGAGGAAGCCACAGAUCCCACCACUCCGACCACGGUCACUCACAAACGACUGAUCCGGAAAAAGAUAAAAGAUUCCGAAAUCGGCGAAUCAGUACAAGACAUCAGCGUGACAGAAACUACCACAGACCACAAAGAAGACAUCACUUCCGAGAGAACGCGGUCUGAAAGCGCCAUUAUGAAAAUCGCUGACAAGAAACACCACGAUCCAAUUGAGCAUUUAUUUGAGCACUCAAAGCGGGUGUCUGAUUUAACUCUAGCGGCCAGCAAAGACUACAACACUCCAGGCAUGUUCAAAACAGUAUCUCAGAGCAGUAGAAGAGUACCUAGCUACUUUACCAUAGCGACGGAUGACCCUAUCCUACCCAUCGAAGCUUUCUUCCCACAAUUGAACCAAAAGAAGGAAUCGUAACGUUCCUAUUAUAUUUAGGUAAUUUCACAAACCAAAUCCUUUCCACUGCCAAAGCGAGAUUAACUCUUACAAGCCAGUCUAAUUGUAAAAGGCUUCUAAAGUACUG